UCAGUGUCACGUGCGAGUGUGUCACGUGAUUAUUAGCCUAACGGAAGAGCACCUUAGCAGUUCUGUCUUCUCAUAGAGCAGCAGGGAGAUUUGCGUGGAUUGGAAGUGUUUUGACUUUGCUGGGAAGUCAUCAGAAGAGGAUGCAUCUGUGAGCUUUCUGUUGUUUUCAGACGACCUGCACGAUCUUCUAUCGGCUUUGAGAUGAGGGCCUUGUGUGUGGUUCUGGUGGGGCUCAGUGCUGCCCUGCUCUGUCCUGAUGGAGCCGUGUGUGCAGACGGACACAAAUGCUUCCUGAACAGCCAUGGAGGAUUCACAUGUCCGCUCCCCCAUACGAGGGUGGGGGCAGUAAUCUGUCCGGAUCAGGAGUCCGAGUGUCCGGACGAAACCACGUGCUGCCAGCUUCCCGAUGGCUCCUGGGGCUGCUGUCCUUUCCCCAAGGCGGUGUGCUGUGAGGACCAGCGCCACUGUUGUCCUGAAGGAACGACUUGUGACUUGGUGCACUCCAAGUGUGCGUCUCCGUCUCUGCAGGCUUUCCCCAUGCUGCAGAAGGUGCCUGCUCAAAGGGUGGGGACUCUACCAGUAUUUGCAGCCGCUGCCUCAGUGGUGUGUCCUGGUGGCAAAAGCAGCUGCCCCAACUCAUUUACCUGCUGCCUGCUGACCAGUGGAGACUUCGGCUGCUGCCCCUACCCACAGGCCACAUGCUGCAGCGAUCAUCUGCACUGUUGCCCUGGCAACACCACAUGUGACCUGGAGCGUGGAGUCUGCAAGUCUGGGGAGGCGCGCGUGGAGCCAAUAAGAGCGGUCUCCGCUUCACCUGAAGACGUUUUGUGUCCGGACCAAAGGUCUAUGUGUCCAGACGGGACCACCUGCUGUCAGCUGAACAACGGCACCUUUGGCUGCUGUCCUCUGCCCAACGCUGUGUGUUGUUCGGAUCACAUGCACUGCUGCCCUGAAGGCACCACGUGUGACCUGGCCCACAGUACCUGUGUCUCAGCUGCAGGGGGCACUGCUGAGGCUGUGAUGGUGCCAGUUUCAGGGACGCCACCUAAAACACACCCAGUCAGAGGUCUGGCCGUUCCCUGCAACGCCUCUGUGGCCUGUGCUGACGGCAGCACCUGCUGCAGAGCUUCCAGGGGACAAUGGGGCUGCUGUCCUUUACCGGAGGCUGUGUGUUGUGAGGACCAUCUGCACUGCUGUCCUCAUGGAACCGUCUGCAACCUGGUUGCCUCCACCUGUGACGAUCCGUCAGGCUCCGCCCUGACGCCUCUGCUCUCCAACACGCCCGGCUUCCCUUACCGAAGCGAGAACGGCAGGUGUGACGAGUCUGCGUCCUGUCCCGGGGAGGCCACCUGCUGCCGGACCCGGGCUGGAGGCUGGGCCUGCUGUCCUCUGCCACAGGCCGUGUGCUGCGACGAUCACAUCCACUGCUGUCCAAAUGCCACCAUUUGCAACCUGGAGGCGGAAACCUGUGACGACCCUUCAGGCCUCUCCCCCCCGCUCCCCUGGCUGACCAAACGUCCCCGUCUGACGGCAGGGAUGGAGGAGGAAAAAUGCGGCAAAGACGCCGUGUGCCCAGGACGGACGACGUGCUGCAAGAACAGCUCUGGACAGUGGGCCUGCUGUCCUCUACCUCAGGCUGUGUGCUGCUCAGAUCUGGACCACUGCUGUCCCAAAGGCUACAAGUGCAACGCAUUUGACCGAACUUGUGAAAGACCCGGCGGUCCAAGUCUGCCGUGGCGGCAGAAGCUCCCGGCUCUGCAGCAGCGGUCCGGUCAAACUGGGCCUGUUGAAAACAAGUGCGACGCUCAGACCAGCUGCCCCAAAGACACAACCUGCUGCUUCAUGGAGCAGACGCUCAAAUGGGGGUGCUGCCCGCUGCCACAGGCCGUGUGCUGUGGAGAUGGAAACCACUGUUGUCCCCGCGGACACUCCUGCCAACCCCACCGCUCCUCCUGCUCAAGAGGUUCCCAUGUGGUCCCCUGGUUCACCAAAGUCGGCGCUUUGACUGAGCCGAGCGGCGUGACCGACGUCAAAUGUGACAACAAGAGCAGCUGUGCUUCAGGGACCACCUGCUGCCCGCUGCAGACGGGAGGCUGGGGCUGCUGCCCACUGGUCAAGGCGGUUUGCUGUGCCGACCACGAGCACUGCUGUCCUCAGAGCUACACCUGCAACAUGCAGACAGGAACCUGCGAGAAGAAGGCCGGCCAAGGCCUCCCUCUGAGCCGGGUGGUGCCGGCCCAGCCCCAGGACACCCAGGAUGUACCAUGUGACGGGACGGGGGAGUUUAAGUGCCCCAAGCAAAAUACCUGCUGUCGGAUCUCAGCCACGGCGUGGGGCUGCUGCCCCUCACCUGGGGCUGUGUGCUGCAUGGACUCCAAACACUGCUGCCCAGCUGGAUACUCGUGUGACCUGAAGGCGGGAGGCUGCACUCUGGGGCCCCGGCUCAGCUGGGACUCCUUGAUUGGGGGCAGGAGGACAGACUUUGUCCCUCAGGGACUCUAACCGUCACUUUUCCAUCCUCCUGUACUUGUGAAGGGACGUCCUCCCUGAAGUCUGUCCUCAGAGAGGCAGUCAUGAUGGCAGACACUGAACGUUUUUAGUUUCAUUUGAACUCUCCUCAGGAGCCCACGCGUGUUCUUAGCAUGAUUUUAUAGCUACUUUUCGUCCUAGAGAUGUUUGUGUGGUUUAGGGGCCGUCCCGGUCUGAUUGACAGGUUGGAGGUCCACAUCUGGAACCCUCCUCCAUCAUUUCUGUGAGGUCAGAGGCCAACAUGAAUGUACUCUGAUGCCUGAUGGGAGCCACACUCCCCCUGUGUGGCUUCAGGCCGCCAUUGCUCCUCUGAACAGACUCUAAAGACAUUUGGACUUCCCCUUGUUUCAUGUAGACAAUGAAUACAUUUCAGAAAGUGCGGAAGCAUUUGAAGAGCUUCUCGUCUCAUUUCUAAUCUGCGUCUCUGGGAUCUGUUUGUGUUUUUGGAGGAUUUUUUAUUUUAUUUUAUGUUUUAGAAAGAGGACAGCUGUGUAGUCCACUUCUCUUUUCUUCCCCUUUUAACGUCUUUUUGCUGAACGCAGAGGAAGACCGACCGAAUCCAGACAACGUGUGCCUUCUUCAGGUUGACGGGUUCUUUGCAUCCAAAGUGUUGCUUUUUUCUUAUGUUACAUUCUCCGUUUCUUAAGGUAAUAAAAACAAAUGAGGUCAUUUAGCAGACCCCUUGACAACAGCAUUUUUGUCUGUUUUGUCCUAAGUUGUCAGAUGAUUGGUGAAAACAGAGAAAAGCUUUUAUAGUCUGUGACUUUUUGUCCCCUUGAUGUUUGAAAAAGGCUUAAAUAAAACCUUUGAAAAAGUU